GCCAGUUCCAUCAUGGCAAUGAAUGAGGCCACAGUGCCCCUCAGGGCCUUUGUUCUGCUACUUAUGUUUGGGGUGUGUCUGUGCGUUUAUGUUCACUCUCCGACAAGGCCCUCCAAGCUCUUCUCUUCCCCAGAAUUGGUGAUCCCCUUGAAGGUGACCAGCAGGGCCAGAGGUGCCAAGGUUAUGGGCUUGCUCUCCUAUAGUCUGCGAUUUGGAGGUCAGAGACACAUUAUCCACUUGAAGGUCAAGAAACACCUGGUUUCCAGACACUUCCAACUGUUCACCUACACGGACCAGAGAACCCUCCAAGAGGAUCAGCCUUUUGUUCCUAAUGACUGCUACUACCAUGGAUAUGUGGAGGGGAUCCCCCAGUCCAUGGUUGCUCUCAGCACCUGUUCUGGAGGCUUUCGUGGAAUGCUGAUGAUAAAUGAUCUUGCCUAUGAAAUCAAGCCAGUUAGGUUUUCUGCCUCAUUUGAGCACCUCUUGUAUAAGAUAGACAGUGAUGACACACAGUUCCCACCUAAGAGAUGCGGGGUAACAGAUGACAAAAUAGCUCAACAACUUAAGUUUCAAGAGUCAUUUAAUUUCACACCAAGGCAGACUGAUUAUAAGUCCUGGUGGACCCACUGGAGAUAUAUUGAGUUGUUGGUGUUUGUGGAUCAUCUUCGUUUCCUUUAUCAGUAUAGUAAUGUAUCAUUAGUAGGGCAGGAAGUAUUUAAUGUUGUCAAUAUAGUGGACAGCUUGUACCAGUCUAUAAGAGUAGAUGUGAGUUUGACUGAACUUGAAAUCUGGAGUGUACAAAACCCCGUGCCUGACUGGGAUAUAGACAGCUUUUUAAAAUACUUUGCUGUGUGGAAGUUGAUAGCAUUUGGUGCAAGAAGAGAACAUGAUAUUUCUCAUGUUUUCAUAAAAAAAUCUUUUGACUUAACUCUUGGUCUUGCCUAUGUUGGGACAGUGUGCAAUUUUCCUUUUAACAGUGGAAUUGAGUCUUUUACAAGUGAUAAUCUGGCUGCUUUUUCAAUUACUGUGACCCAUGAGAUAGGUCAUAAUUUGGGCAUGCAGCAUGAUAAAAUUGAAUGUGUAUGUGAGUCUGACUUUUGCAUAAUGUAUCCCUCCCUUCAUGCAACAGAAAAAUUUAGCAACUGCAGUUAUGAGAGUUAUUGGAACACUGCUCUUAAGUUUGGAACUUGUCUGACUAAUGCUGCUCAAAGACAGAGUUUUAGCAUACAUUUCUGUGGAAACCUCAUAGUUGAUGAAGGAGAACAGUGUGACUGUGGAACCAUAUACCAGUGUGCAAAUGAUCAGUGCUGUCUGCUGAAUUGCACUCUGAAACCUGGGGCUGUCUGUAGUCAUGGAAUGUGUUGCAAAAACUGCCAGUUUUUACCCUCAGGGACUUUGUGUAGACAACAGGUCAGUGAAUGUGACCUUCCAGAGUGGUGUCAUGGCAACUCCCCUGAGUGCCCCGAGGAUGCAUUUGUGCAGAAUGGACUCCCCUGUCGAAACUCUUCCUUUUGCUUUCUGUCCAGAUGUAGUACUACCCAUGACAUACAGUGCAAGAGGCUUUUUGGCAAAGAUGCAAGGACUGCAUCUCACGCAUGCUUCCAAGAAGUGAACAUCCAAAAAAAUCGAUUUGGUCACUGUGGUAUUGUUAGAAAUACCUAUGUGAGAUGUGCAGACCCUAACAUCCUGUGUGGGAGGCUUCAAUGUGAAAAUGUGAAAAGAAUUCCUAAUAUGAUGGAUCAUACUACAGUGCAUCAGUUUUACUUAAAUGGUACCACUUGCUGGGGCACUGAUUAUCACUUAGGAAUGAAGAUACCUGAUAAUGGGUUAGUGGAAGAUGGCACAGACUGUGGUCCAAAAAUGAUAUGUCUCCACCAGAGCUGUAUUAGCCUUAAGAAUUCUUGCAUUCCUGAAAUCUGCCAUAAGAAUGGUAUCUGUAAUAAUAAAGAGAAUUGCCACUGUAACUAUGGAUGGGCACCUCCUCACUGCAAUGUCAAAGGUUAUGGAGGUAGCAUUGAUAGUGGGCCACCUCCUCUGUAUCUAGGAAGAAAGAAGAAACAUUUGGAUUUCCUAACAAUAUUAUGGAUUAUUCCUGUCAUAGUUUUCUUUUCAUAUGUGUCUCUUCUGCAUUUUAGAGGAGAAAAAGAAAGGAACAAAAGGGGGGAAGAUGGAGGUAAAAUUCCUAAUAAAUCUAAAGGAGAAAGCAAUAAAGAAAGGAAUGAAAGAGAAAAUGAUGGAGGAGAAAUGCCUGAUAGAUCUAGAGGAGAAAGCUAG